UAUUAAUUAAAUCGAGCAAAGUACAGUCUUGACUUCUAUCAAGAAUGGUUCAAAGUCAAAACUGUUCACUUGAAAACUCAAGACCGAUCUCAGUCGGCAGAGGCCGCAUUCUUUGGAAACGAGAGUAACGUUCCCGAUUUUUUAGGCAGUCACACCUGCCAAGGAAGGAUCAGGUGAAACUUAUGCAUAUAAAGCAUGGAGUUCAACCAAACCAUCAUCACACUUUUUGAAACUUUCACCUCAGCUUUAUCUUUUGAAAGUCCUAGCAGUGUAAACAAAUUCCUCCCCCAGUGCGCCUCCUGCCGCGUUCCCUGAAUCGAUCUAACAGUUCCGUUCCAUCAUGUCUUUGCCAUCCCAAUCCGUUCACAUCGUGUUCAUUCCGCUCCUGGCGCAGGGCCAUAUGAUUCCUUUGGUGGACAUGGCACGGAUUUUCGCUUCACGGGGAGCGGUCGCUACUAUAUACACGACCCCUGUCAAUGCCCGCAGGUUCAGAACCACCGUGGAUCGAUGUGGCGAACUCGGAAUGCCAAUCCAGCUCGUGGAAAUCCCUUUCCCGUGUGAAGAAGUGGGGCUCCCUAUUGGGUACGAGAAUCUCGAUAUCCUCCCGUCGCCAGAGCUGCUGGCCAAGUUCUAUAAUGCCAUGGGAAAACUGCAAGAACCAAUUGAGAAGCACCUGCGAGAACAAACUACUGCUCCUAGCUGCAUAAUAUCGGACAAAUACAUAUUUUGGUCAUCCGAAACCGCCCAAAGAUUUGGAGUUCCGAGAUUCGUUUUUCAUGCAACGUGUUGCUUCUCCGUGUUGAGCGCUCAUAAUGUGAAACACUCCAAAUGCUCGGAUUCGAUUACUUCCGACAUGGAACCGUUUGAGGUGCCGGGGAUGCCAAAGGGGUUCAAGAUCACGAAAGCGCAGCUUCCAGGGACAACCGUGCGUCAACAGGAUUUCGAAGUCUUCCGUGGGAAGAUACAGGAAGCUGAAAUGGCAGCUCAAGGGGUCGUGCUCAAUAGCUUCGCUGAGCUGGAGCAUGGGUGCAUCGAGGCAUACCAAAAGGCGAUUGGGAAAAGAGUUUGGUGCGUCGGACCAGUUUCUUUGUGCAACAAAGACGAGUCCGACAUGUUUCAGAGAGGAAAAGAGGCCUCGAGCGAUGCAGAAAAAUGCAUGGCGUGGCUCGAUUCAAUGAAGCCGCAAUCAGUGAUUUAUGCCUGCUUAGGAAGUCUAUGCCGUUUAGCCCCAUCGCAGCUGAUGGAGCUAGGGAAGGGCUUAGUAGCAUCGCAACAGCCUUUCGUUUGGGUGAUCAAAAGGGGAGAGGGAGAUUCGGAAUUAGAGAACUGGUUAAUGGAGGAAAGAUUUGAGGAAAGGGUCAAAGAAAGAGGGACUGUGAUAAGAGGGUGGGCUCCUCAGGUCGCCAUUCUGUCUCACCGAGCGAUCGGAGGAUUCCUAACACACUGCGGUUGGAACUCAGCCCUAGAAGGCGUGUGCUCAGGGCUGCCGAUGAUAACUUGGCCUCUCUUCUCCGAGCAGUUCGCGAAUGAGGCGCUCCUGGUGGACAUACUGAAAAUUGGAGUCCGAGUGGGCACGAAGGUGCCGAUGAGAUGGGGAGAGGAAACGAAGGUCGGCAUCUUGGUGAGGGAAGAUGAGAUCGCGAGGGCUAUCGAUGCACUGGUGUCGGAGGAUGAAGAAGGAGAAGAGAGGAGGAAGAGAGCAGCUGAACUUGGGGAGAAGGCAAGACAGGCGACGCAGGAGGGAGGGUCUUCCCACUCCGAUGUGUCGAGGGUGUUGCAGUACAUCAUGGCAGGACCGACCCAGGAAGCUGUUUGAUGCUGUCAUAUAGUUUUCAUGUAAUUAGGCAAGAUAUGAAUCGUGGAUUGAAUAAGUGCAUUCAACUGAAUGCACCGAACACAUCAUGCUGUGUUUCACCCAUACUCAAGACUGUUCCGUAUCAGUUUAGCCACCACCUUACGUCACGUCGCACGAAUUGCAAAUGACCGACUUUUAUCAUGUCCAUGUCCCAUCGAUGCGCAGGCAUAUAAGAAUUUAAUGAUCGUCAUUCCGGUCCAACUUCAACA